AUGUCACGUGGCAGUUCUGCUCUUUCGUUCGCGUCAAACUGGUUGGGGGGGUUCUCCGCAGAGGACGAAGGUGACUCCAAGGACCUGCUCCCUGAGGCGAACGAGCAGAGGGACCAGGACAAGCAGGAUAAUUUCGACGGGCUCCUCGAGAGACUCUCGCAGGCCCAUCGCGGAGAACUUCGUGUCGCGACGGAGCGGCUUGAGUCGGAUAAGGCCGAGCUCGAGCGACAGAACAUGCUGUUGCGGAGCCAAGUGGUGAAUCAGCGCGCGAGGUUGAGCGGUGAUAGUAUGACGUCGCCAAUAAAAGCGUCCUCAUCUCGCUCUGUUGGUGCGUUGGUGACUCACGGUGCACGCGCUUCCGAAGGACAGGCGGACGAUCCUGCGGACCAGGCGAUGGCUGAUAUCAAUUUUGAACAUGUUAUGCCGAGUAUCCCCGGUUGCCACGAGGUGUUGCCCGGCAGCGUUCCGGAGAGGUGCGGGCCAUUCGCUCGCGAGGGCGAGGACGACAUCUCAGAAAAGCAUGGGGAUGAUGUGGAGGAGGAGGAAGAGCACCGAGGUUUCCCGCCACGGUCGGAAUACAUGGAGGACUGGCUAUACGGCACAGCCACGGAGGCCAUCGAUGUCGCGAGAAGAUCGCAGAGGAUGUGGGCGGCGCCACUCGUGAUGCAACCUCAUGCUAUGUCAACCCUUACCACGUCGCUCAAAAGCACUCGGCAAUCAUACGACGCUUACAUAGCGUGCAUCAUCGCCUCACCCCGCUCAAGGGUGCGAACAGCUUGGGAAAUCAUUGGUUGUGUCCUUAUCUAG